GCCCCUCGGCCUGCUGGUCUCCAUCCUCUCUCCCCAAUCCAUCCCCUCUGGCCGUACACUUCUCCCUGUCGACCAAAACACAAAUCCAUAUUCAAGAUGGCCGAAGAGACUUACGAUGGUGCCAUCGGCAUCGACUUGGGUACUACCUACUCUUGCGUUGCCAUCUACGAGGGCACCAAUGUCGAGAUCAUUGCCAACGAGCAGGGUAGCUUCACCACCCCCUCAUUCGUUUCCUUCAACGAGAAGGAGCGUCUGAUUGGUGAGGCCGCCAAGAACCAGGCUGCCAUGAACCCUCGCAACACCAUCUUCGAUGCCAAGCGUCUCAUUGGCCGUCCCUUCGAUGACCCCGUCGUCAAGAAGGACAUUGAGUCGUGGCCCUUCAAGGUCAUCGAGCAGGGCACCAACCCUGUCAUCCAGGUUGAGUACCUCGGCGAGACCAAGACCUUCUCCGCCCAGGAGAUCUCUGCCAUGGUCCUCGUCAAGAUGAAGGAGAUUGCCGAGACCAAGCUUGGCAAGAAGGUUGAGAAGGCCGUCAUCACCGUCCCUGCCUACUUCAACGACAACCAGCGUCAGGCUACCAAGGAUGCUGGUGCCAUUGCUGGCCUCAACGUCCUCCGUAUCAUCAACGAGCCCACCGCCGCGGCCAUUGCCUACGGUCUCGGCUCCGGCAAGUCCGACAAGGAGCGCAACGUCCUCAUCUACGAUCUUGGUGGUGGUACUUUCGAUGUCUCCCUCCUCAACAUCCAGGGUGGUGUCUUCACCGUCAAGGCUACUGCCGGUGACACCCACUUGGGUGGUCAGGACUUCGACACCAACCUCCUCGAGUACUGCAAGAAGGAGUUCCAGAGAAAAGCCAAGAAGGACAUCAGCGGCGACCCCCGUGCUCUCCGCCGUCUCCGGACUGCUUGCGAGCGUGCCAAGCGUACCCUCUCCAACGGUGCCCAGACCACCAUCGAGAUCGACUCGCUGUUCGACGGCGAGGACUUCUUCCUCCAGAUCACCCGUGCUCGUUUCGAGGACCUGAACUCCAAGGCCUUCGCCGGCACCCUCGACCCCGUUGCCCAGGUCCUCAAGGACUCUGGCAUGGACAAGAAGAAGGUCGACGAGAUCGUCCUUGUCGGUGGUUCCACCCGUAUCCCCAAGAUCCAGAAGCUCCUCAGCGACUUCUUCGGCGGCAAGAAGCUCGAGAAGAGCAUCAACCCCGACGAGGCCGUCGCCUACGGUGCCGCCGUCCAGGCCGGUAUCCUCUCCGGCAAGGCCACCUCUGCCGACACCUCUGACCUCCUCCUGCUCGAUGUCGUCCCUCUUUCCCUCGGUGUUGCCAUGGAGGGCAACAUCUUUGCUCCCGUCGUCACCCGCGGCCAGACUGUGCCCACUAUCAAGAAGAGAACGUUCACUACAGUUGCAGACAAUCAGCAAACUGUCCAGUUCCCCGUCUACCAGGGUGAGCGUGUCAACUGCGAGGACAACACCUCUCUGGGCGAGUUCACUCUUGCUCCCAUCCCUCCCAUGCGUGCUGGUGAGGCCGUCCUUGAGUGUGUCUUCGAGGUCGACGUCAACGGUAUCCUCAAGGUUACCGCCACCGAGAAGACCUCCGGCCGCUCCGCCAACAUCACCAUCAGCAACUCUGUUGGCAAGCUCUCGUCCGCUGAGAUUGAGAACAUGAUCAACGAUGCCGAGAAGUUCAAGAGCUCCGACGAUGCCUUCAGCAAGCGCUUCGAGGCCAAGCAGCAGCUCGAGAACUACAUUGGCCGUGUCGAGGAGAUCAUCUCCGACCCGACCAUGUCCCUCAAGCUCAAGCGCGGCCAGCGCGAGAAGAUCGAGGAGACCGUCAGCGAGGCCAUGGCCCAGCUCGAGAUCGAGGACUCCUCCGCCGAGGACCUCAAGAAGAAGGAGCUUGCCCUCAAGAGACUCAUCACCAAGGCCAUGUCCUCCCGAUAAAUGUGUUUUUUUCCUGCUGGUUCUGGCGUCUUUGACACGUUCUGGGAUUCCUUGCUUUUCCAAAAGAACAAAAAACUUGGGGGAAAAAGGGGCUUUUUUUCUUUAGACCAGAUCUCGGGACACAUGAUCUGGUAACACGACUUGAUGCCCUUUUUUGAUACACAUUUACGAUAGACAUGCCGGGAGUGCAUCUCAAAAGAAUGCUGGGUGAUGGCGCCCCGGGGACCAAAAAAGGAAAUUCCCGGGGCGGCGAACAACAAUUCCCUUUGUCGUUAAUGAAAGAACAUUAAAC